GGUCUGCUGCUUCCUGUUUACUGCUGCAGAGGCAAAAACCACAAACGAGUCAAAAUCUUCAUCUUUUACUUUUGUCAAACUUAAAAGAAUAGUUUGAUAAACUACUCGAAAGAAAGAAUGGUUUGUUGAGGAAGAAAAAAAAAAGAUACUGAUUUAGUUCAGUUGCCGCGAGACCUCCGAGUAACCUACAGUUCAAAACCGUUACCAAGGCAACGAUGAACAUCCUCCCGAAGAAGAGUUGGCACGUUCGCAACAAGGACAACGUCGCGCGCGUGAGGAAGGAUGAAGCGCAGGCAGCGGAAGAGGAGCGCGAGGCCCAGCGGCGUGUGGAGCGGGCCGAGCAAGAGGCACGAACGGAGUUUCUGAGAAGAAAAUCCAGAGCUGCUCUUCAGUCUCCAGGAGAAGGAAAAGUCAAUGAUGAUGAACUAAAUGGAGGAAGUCUAGAACAUCUUAAUCUUUUUCCUCUGGAGGAGUCUUCGGAGAAGAAGGGAAAUGAAGAGUAUCUAAGAGAAAAGAAAGAAGAAAAGGAGAAGCAGGAACGGUCCAUUGGCUUACUUGUGUCUUUAGGACCCCAACCAGGAUCAGAGGUGACUCCAUGGUACCUGAAGAACAAAAAAGACAUAGACAAAAAAGAACAGAAGACAGACAAAAAAGACACAGAAAAGAACAAGGGAAUAAGUGAAGAGGAAAAAGAGAAGAGAGAUCGUAGACUGAAGGACAGUUUGGAUCCUUUGAAAGACAUGAAGAAAGCUAUGGGUGUGCACUACAAAAAGGAGCACAAGAGCAAGAAAAAGGAAAAAAGAGACAAAGGGGAAAUGGGAAGCAGUGGAGAAAGCUCCAUAGAAAGGUUGCGUGCUGAGCGUCUACAGAGGGAAGCUGAAGAAAGGAGGAGAGCCCAGGCUCUUCUCGACCAGCGGAGUGGUAAAAGGAAGGAUCCAGGGAGGGAAGUUGAUGAGAGGGAGAGGCCUUACAACAGUGCUUACUUCCCAGAACUGGCCCGAAAGCGGCAAAGGCGGGAUCGGGAUUCGUGGAGAGAUGAGAUUCUGAAAUCUUGAGCUUUCUUGGCAAUGAAAGACUAUGAUGUGUUGAAUGUUUAAAUGGCAAUUAGUGUGACGUUUCUGCAUGAAGCUAAAUCAUGUGAUAUGUAAGUCCUGUGUAAAAGAUUCUGAUGUAAAAAAAGUUGGUAAUUUGUCACACUGAUCAGAUCUUAAUAGAUGUUUUGUUUCGCCUUAAAGGGAAACUUGCGGGAGCAAUGGUGGUCAUGUUGAGCUGCAGUUGCAUCUGCCCCUGCAGCGAUUCACUCAUGAGCCCGUCAGCAGGGCAGAUGGUUGCCAUCACAGGGGGUUUGAGGCUCAGGCUGUCAAAUAGAAAAACACUGAACC